CCAGGCUCCAAUCUAAUUUGGCAGAGUUUCUACAGCUGGAUGCCCUUCCUAACGCCAACCACUCAGAGAGUGUAGUGGGUGCUUUUACGUGUCACCCGCACGAAAACGGCCACGCUCGAAAUGGUGUCUUUUAUGUGCCACCCGCACAAGCCAGUCCAGGGGCACUGGCAACGAUCUCGCUCGAAAAUCCUACAGGAACCAGUCAGGCGGUACUGGCAACGGCAUACAACAGGCUUCUUUCAGUUUCCAUCUACCAAAUCCACUCACCAUGGUUAUAGUAAAAACACUUGCCCAAGGUAUUGUGCCGUAGGACUGAACUUGAGACCACCUGGCUGAGAAGCAAGUUUCUUAACCACACAACCACACCAGUGCCUGUAUUAUUACGUCUACGUUUACCAUCCCAGUUGUCUCCCCUUGUAGUCAUGAUUGUUUUUUUGUUUUUUUUUGCGUUUGUUCUUGUAGGGAAAUGUCUGCUCCUCUCUGAGUUGAUUCCUGAACCAAUGACGGCGUAUGAUGACAGCAAGCUGCUCAAUCAUGGUAUUGGGUUCACCAAUAUUGUAGACCGCACAACAAGAGGCAGCGGAGACCUGAGCAAAAAAGAAAUCCGUGAUGGAGGUAAGCAGUUGUUGGAAAAACUCAAAUUCUACAGUCCGAAAAUUGCUGUAUUUAAUGGCAAAGUUUUUUUCUUUUUUUUACAGACAAUCUUUGUGAUGCCCUCCUCCAGUGCUCGAUGCUCCCAGCUUCCUAGGGCUAUUGACAAGGUUCCGUUUUAUGUGGCGCUGAGGAGGCUGCGGGACUUCUUGGUUGGAAAGAUUAAGACGCUCGAUGACAGCGAGGUCUGCUUCCCUGAUCUCGAGCUGAAGGUGAAGACGGAGAAGACCGACAAAGCAGAGAAGACCCCUAGUAGCAAGAAACUGAAGACCCCCAAGAUAGAAAACCCUACCUACCCAUUGCCCCCUCAGGGUUCAACUUCAAGUUCAUCUUACGUGAAGCCCGAACCGAUGUAUAACACGGAUGAUUAUGGUCAGAUGCCUAUGGGCCGGGGCUUAAGUGCUGGUGUAGGGCAAGGCCCAGAGAAGGGGUCUGAAUUUGCUGGUGCACCCACUGGCACCGCCGUGUUGUCCCCCUCUGCCUGUGCGCCGCCGCCCUCCACGUCGACUACUCCGCCCACGUCCACCGCUCCGAGUUUCCAAGCCAUGCCAUUCGAUAUGCUGUCCCCGCCACCGCCCAACCAGCCUGUCCCCGUCGGUAUGUCCCAGUAUACCAACUACCCACAGGCGUCGUACGAUGAUUACCUUCCCUUC